AUGAAGCUGUUCUCCUGGUUGAACAUCAGUGCUGUGCUAUUCGCUCUUGUGGCGCCCUCUGUCGGUCAAUUGAACGAGUGUGAUGUAGUGGUGGGCACCGGUCAGACGUCUACUAAAUGUGGGGACUGUUUCACCCUGAUAAUAUGUGUCAAAGAUUUAUAUACUUUCACAACAAAGUGUCUACCCGAUGAAUACUGCACUGAUAUACCAAAUUUCCCGGGUAAUGCAGUUUGUAGUCUAACUGUUCCACCUGACUGCGCAGCUUUCACAACUACGACUUCAGCGCCUACAACCUCAGACCUAACAACAACCACCGUUAUUACUACUUCAAGCCUUGUUGAUGAUACUACCAGUAGUCCAGCAACUACAACCUCACCGGAUCCGGUGCAGCCGCCAGAUGAUGGAUCCGUCAUUUGUUCCGGACCGGGUAUAUACCCUGAUGCAACCAAUUGCAGUAUUUACCACUACUGUUCAGCGCUAAACGAACGCUCGGUGGUACAGGAUUGCCCCGCGGGCUACACGUUCUACUAUACAACCACUUCAACUGGAGUAUUUCCCUGCAAAAGUGGGGCCGUUUGUGAUGAGGUAACGUGCAUCGACGGUCAACUGCUUGCACCGUUCGGCUCCAGUAAAGUGUUCUACGCAAAGUGCGUAGACGGUGUAGCUGUGAUGUACAGCUGUGGCUCUGGCACGACUUUCGAUGGGGAGAAGUGUGUUAUGAGCUGCUCACAGGAGGGUACAUUCGCAAAUACGGCUAAUGCAAACGAAUACUAUCGAUGCUACUAUUCCGGAAACACACUGGUGAGCAAAUUGCAAAAAUGUCCCUCCGGUAAGAGCUUCGAUGACAGCCGAAAGAUUUGCGUCUGA